AUUUUUAUCAUUCAAUAGUCAGACGCCACCAUGGAAGCAACCGCUGAAGCAAAAGCUCCCGUUCUGCGAUCCGAAGAAGAAGAGACGUUGAUCCGGCAAAUCUCCAACCUGGAUCUAAGAAUCAAACAGAUCAAGAAGAUUACUUCCAUGCCGCCGAAUAUGAGGAUCAAGAUCGAAACCUUGAAAAAGGCCCAGCUUGACCUACUGGAGAAGGAAGCCGAAUUUCACCAAAAGGUACACCUGCUCGAAGUCGACUUCCAGAAGCACUACGAAGAAAUGUAUGAAAAACGGCGCCAGAUCGUCAACGGUACCUACAUUCCAAAGCUAGAGGGACUUCCGGAGCCAUCGGAUGACGCAGCAGAUCAAGCGCAAGGGUUGCCGGACUUUUGGUUGACCGUCUUCAAGAUGACACCCGUCCUGCAAGCAAUGAUUCGGGAGGCAGACGAGGAAGCCCUUAAGCGGCUAAUCGAUGUCCGUGUCCAGGUCAAGAAUGAACCACAGCCAUCGUUUGUGCUUCAGUUUGAGUUUGAACCCAACGAUUUCUUCAACGACCGCAUUUUGGAGAAGAAAUAUCUAAUGAAAUGCUGCCCAAACUCGGAGAAACCUUUCUCGUUCAACGGUUUUGAAAUUUACGAUACCGUCGGACAUGAGAUAGAUUGGAAAGAGGGAGCCAAUUUGACUAAGCUAGCAGUCGAUGACAAGGACGGUCAAAAGGUCGAGAUGGUGACCAACAGCUUCUUCAACUUUUUCAACCCGAAGCCUUUGUUUAUGACGGAUCCCAUCCUGAGCGUACAGUUUUUAGAAACGGAUUUCGAGAUCGGGUACUACAUCAAGGAACGGGUCAUCCCAAGAGCCACCUUGUUCUACAUCGGUGAAGUUGACGACGAUUUGGAUGAUAUUUCCGAGUCGACCGAUGAGGAAAGCCUGCGUGGAGUGAUCAGCUUAGAAACAGACAAAGGUGCAGUUCCGAAACACAUCAAUAGCGAGGAGGAAUCGAAGUGAAUUAGUAAUUUACGUAAAUCAUCUUAUGUUGUAUGCUGAUUGUUAAAUAAAUAUAUUGUUGAUGAAACAUGUA